AUGUCGUCCAGUGGCUCGAUGAAGCUGGCGGAGCUGCCGGCGCUCGAGGACGUGCCGCCGAAUGAGCGCAUGCGUCUCUUUCGCCAGAAACUCAAGCUCUGCUGCGUGCUCUACGACUUUACCGACAUGCGCAAGCACGUGCGGGAGAAAGAGGCCAAGCGGAACGCGCUCUUGCAGAUCGUCGAGUACAUUUCCGCCAGUAAAGUGGUGUGGGACCCUUCAGUUGUCGCAGAGCUGCUCGAGUGCGUGGGCGUGAACAUUUUCCGCCACUUGGGGCGCAGUCUGAACGCCUCGACCAUCAACGCAAACGGGAACGUCGAAGCUGCACCUGAGGAUGACGAGCCAAUGCUGGAGCCUUCGUGGCCGCACAUGCAGUUGGUCUAUGAGAUCUUGCUCCGGUUUGUGCUGUCCAAGGAGGUGGAUUCGAGGACGGCGAAGGACUAUUUUAGCAAACGAUUUAUGAUUAAAUUGCUGAAUCUGUUCGACUCGGAAGAUCCGAGGGAGCGGGACUAUCUGAAGACGAUUUUGCAUCGCAUCUAUGGCAAGUCGAUGGCGCUGCGUUCGUUCAUCCGUCGCUCGAUCAACGACAUGUUCUACACGUUCGUGUACGAGACGGAAUCAUUGCAGGGUGUAGGAGAGUUGCUAGAAAUUCUAGGAAGCAUCAUCAACGGUUUCGCUCUGCCGCUUAAGCCCGAGCACCAGAACUUUCUCGAGCGCGCGUUGAUUCCGCUUCACACGGCAGGAAACCUGGCCAUGUUUCAUCAGCAACUGGCUUACUGCACCACGCAGUUUGUGGAGAAAGAUCCCCAGACCUCGGAACCGAUUAUCAUCGGGCUGCUGAAGUUCUGGCCGGUGACUGCAAGCGCCAAAGAGAUUUUGUUCUUGAAUGAACUCGAGGAAAUCAUUGAGAUGAUUCAGAUGGAGCAGUUUGCCGCCGUGAUGCGGCCACUGUUUCUGCGAAUAUCGCAAGCCGUGUGCAGCAGUCACUUCCAGGUCUCUCAGCGUGCCUUAUAUUUAUGGAAUAAUGAGGCUCUGGUGCGGCUUGUAAGUGCGCGGCGAGCUGAGAUUCUGCCAUUGAUCUUUGGGGCGCUGUACCGCAAUUGUGAGAACCACUGGCACAGCACCGUGCAAACGUUGACGUACAACGUGCUCAAGCUCUUUAUGGAAAUGGACUCGCAGCUCUUCGAUCAGUGUUCUGCGCAGUUUGAAGAGCGGGAAGGAAGAGCGCAGCAGACGACAGACCAACGCCGGCUCAAGUGGACAGCCUUAGAACACCGCUUGCAGGCGCAGGGGCAGAUGUGA